AUGACUGGACUGGAAAUCUUCCUGCUGGGAUUGCUUUUUUACGGUUUAACGAGAAAUAAUCCGAAUAAUAAUUCAAUAAGUCCAGUUCAUAAGUGCUGUAACACUGCAUCCGCUUGCACAUUUUCGGAUGAAAUUGCAGAAGAUGCUUUUCACAGCUGUCAAAUUUUGAGGAAAUUGGAUCUUUCACAAAACCAGAUUCAAAAAUUACAUUCAAAUACCUUCAAAGGACUAACGAAUUUGGAGUAUCUUGAUGUAGAUCACAAUCAACUGAAGGAACUAAAUGGCGUGAAUUAUUUAUUCAAAGAUUUGCACAACUUAAAUACCUUAGAUUUGAGUGGAAAUAAAAUUAUAGAAUUUCCUGCGGAAAAUCUCAAAAAUAAUCGUAAAUUGAUGAAAAUAUAUCUAAACUCGAAUGGCUUGUCAGAUCUGGAAGUUGAGAAACUCGUGGAAAUUCUGCCGGAUCUCAAAGAGCUAAAUUCAAGAAAAAGAAAAAAAACUUUGGCGCGGACGAAUAACUGCGCAAAUUUAAAGGAAUUGUGUCUAGAUUUUAGUCAUAUCAAAAAAUUACACUCAAAUACAUUCAAGGGAUUGACAAAUUUGGAAGAACUUUCGCUUUCCUACAAUAAAUUGACAGAACUCGAUGACAAUUUGUUUGAAGAUUUGCACAACUUAAAGAAGCUAGAUUUAUCCGGAAAUGACAUAACAAUUUUUCACCCGGAAAUUCUAAAAAAUAAUAAAAAUUUAAAGGAAAUCUGGUUGCAUUUAAAUGACUUGACGAAUUUAGAUUUUGAAAAAAUUGUGAAAUUUUGUCCAAAACUCAAUGGAUUACACUGGGAUGGCAAUCAAGUAUCUUGUUCUCGAGUUAAAGAAGCAAAUAAUUUUUUGAAAUCCAAAAAUAUUGAUUUUUAUUCUUUUAAGAGUUACAAAAAUCGUAGCUAUACAACAGACACAAUCGAUGGCUUUCAGUGUGUUCCAGACGAAACAUGGAAUACUUUAUUUUCGAAAUCAGAUGAAAUUAAAGAAAUUGAUGAAAAAGUUCAGGAAUCUCUUAGCUGUGUAAAACACUUUUUGGGAUCUUGUAUUUUUUCUGGCAUAAACUUAACUUUGUCCGAUUACGAAUGGCAACCAACGGCGGAUGAUCCGGAUUCAGUUUUAAAGAUUGAUUUUAAAUCAAGUGUAGUUCCAAUUAUGUACGAUAACAUUUGCAAGGCCUUUCCGAAAUUAGAAUACCUAAAUAUUAAUUCACUCAAAAUUCAAAAAGUGGCGGAAAAUGCUUUUCAUAACUGCACAAAUUUAAAAGAAUUGAAACUAAGUUUAAAUCAUAUCAAAAAGUUACACCCAAAUACCUUCAAGGGAUUGACAAAUUUGGAAAAUCUUUGGCUUCAAAAUAAUGAACUUACAGAGCUCGAUGACAAUUUGUUUGAAGAUUUGCAUAGCUUAGAGAAGCUAAGUUUAUCCGGAAAUGACAUAACCAGUUUUGAUCCAGAAAUUUUAAGAAAUAAUAAAAAUUUGGAAUCCCUCUGGUUAUGUGCAAAUGACUUGCCUGAUUUAGAUGUUGAGAAAAUUGUUGAAUUGUGUCCAAAACUCACAAUAUUGGCUUUGAAUGAAAAUCAAGUAUCUUGCUCUCGAGCUAAAGUAACAAACACAUUUUUGAAAUCUAAAAAUAUUGAGUUUUAUUCUUGGAACAUUAAAUAUCGAAAUUAUACAACAGACACAAUCGAUGGCUUUCAGUGUGUUCCAGACGAAACAUGGAAUACGUUAUUUUUGAAAUCAAAUGAAAUCAAAGAAAUUCAAGAAAAAGUUCAGGAAGUCGAUUUUUUGAGCGGUAUUCAGAAGAAACUUGAAACGCUUGGAGACGAACAAGAAAAAUUUAGGCAUAAAAUGGAGUCAAUGGAAAAAGAAAUAAAAAGUUUAACUGAAAACAUGGAAGCAGUGAUCUUCUUGUUAUAUUCGGUCAAAGAUGAAAUGAAGAAAAUGAAUGAAAAAUUGGACAAUUUUAGUGAUAUCCGAAAAGAAGAAAUUCCGCAAAAUGCAAUAUAUGAAUACUUUAAAAAACAAAACAAAUUGAGAUUUUUGAAACAAAAACAAUAA